AUGGUAAUGGAUGCAGCCAUGCUUGUAUCAGAUAAGCAACGAGUGGGCUUGGCCAUUUCGAAGCUCGGUGAAAGAGCUAGAGAAUGGAGUCUAACGAGCGAUGUCUCUGUAAAUGCUGCAUUCCCCACAUGGGAAAUGCUUAAAAAGCAAUUAACUUGCGUGUUUGCACCGCCUAGUCAGGCUUAUGUGUGCGCUCACGCUUCUUAG